CGGGACCUCAGCUGAUCCCGGUUUACGUCACCACUAUGUCACGUGACAACGAUGGGAAGGGAGCUCGACUUCUACGAGAGCCAGUAAAUAAUCGACAUCAACAUCAAUUAUCACUUUCCUCUCCUGACCUGAACCACACUCUGUAUUCAAAUUCGUGGUAAAAAAUGAAAAUAUCAGUUUUAACAAAUGACGUACAUGCGCAUUUUAAAACGGCGCUAUCCGUGCUAGUGGAGCUACGCACUGCGUAUUAUUAGUGACCCUUCUCCUUCUGGCCCAAAUGCUUUCCGCUCUAGAGAGGGUUGUUGAUCACACAUCGCCACUCACCAGCUCAAACUAAAAGAGACGUAAUCGAAUUUUAAACUAAAGGAAGGAUCUUCCGGGCGGUCAACCCCGGGGUGCAAAACGCGCGCACCGCUUCUCCCCCCGCCGCCAACCUGCCUGCUCUGCAGCCCGUCGUAUCAGCAAAGUGCUUCUCUGAAAUGGCGACGGCAAUAUACUUGGAACAUUACCUUGACAGUAUUGAGAACUUGCCAUGUGAACUUCAGAGAAACUUUACUUUGAUGCGGGACCUGGAUAACAGGACUGAAGAGAAAAAAGGAGAGAUUGACAAGUUGGCUGAGGAAUACAUAGCCAAUGUGGUGAACUUGGCUUCAGUGCAGAGAGUGGAACAUCUGCAGAAGAUCCAGAAUGCAUACAGCAAGUGCAAAGAGUUUAGUGAUGACAAAGUCCAGCUUGCUAUGCAGACCUACGAGAUGGUGGACAAACACAUCCGCAGACUUGAUGCAGAUCUGGCACGGUUCGAGAACGAGCUGAAGGGAAAGCUGGAAGUAAGCGGCUAUGAGAGUCCAGAGGCAAGGGGAUUGAAAAAGGCCGACUCCAGGGGGCUAAGAGAGAAGCGUGUGUCCAGGGGCAGAGGGAGGAAGAGCUCUGAUGAAGAUUCUCCAAGGAAGAAGAAGAUAAAAAAUAACCCUGAUUUGAGUGAUGGUCUUCUGCCAAUGCAGCCAUCGGAUGUUCUAGACAUGCCAGUGGAUCCCAAUGAGCCAACCUAUUGCCUGUGUCAUCAAGUGUCGUAUGGCGAGAUGAUCGGCUGUGAUAACCCAGAUUGUCCAAUAGAAUGGUUUCACUUUGCUUGUGUUGAUCUUGCAACCAAGCCCAAAGGAAAAUGGUUUUGUCCUAGAUGCACACAAGAUAGGAAGAAAAAGUGAGAUUUCAGAUAGGGUACUUUUAUAAUAUUGAUGUAUAUUGAGGAUAGAUUUAGAAAAAACGUUAUAUAUGUAUAUAUAUAUAUAUAUAUAUGCAUACAUUUUCCCUAUAUCCUUUCCUCAUUAAAAAGUUUUUAGUUAAAGCCCAGUCCGGAAUUGGGGUAUAAUUGUGUGUCCGUUUGCUCAUUUUCCACAAAUGUUUUUUUUUUUUUUUUUUUUUUGGAUUAAUGAAUAAAGCUUUUUCAUUUCAGAUGUACAAUAGAUGAAAGGUAAACUUAAAUUUCAAAUGUUUUUGAUGAUUAGAUAUGUUUGCCAUUAAGUGCCGCCCACCCCUAAAUGAUCAACUUCAAUCCCGGAUUGUUGCUUUGACAUACUUGAAGUAUAAAUCUUAUUUUUUAAAUAAAGGCCUGCUGAAAAUAUACGUAUGACUUGAAACUCAGUAUUCUGAACAACAAUUCUGGUUGUACUAGGAAAGACCUUAUGUCUGAAUUUCAAAUACCUACCUCUGGGGCAUGCAUAUUACUGCAUAACUGACUGAUUCAAUGUAGUGUAGUGUGUAUUAUAUAUUAUUUUUCAAUUUAAACCAAACAAGAAAAGUAAACCAAUCUUUCCUCUAUCCAGAAUGCUUUUUUAUUACAUGUGCUGUACAACAACUAUGAUAAGAAAAUCACUUGUGACAUUCUUGGAUGUAUUGUGAAUGUGAUAUAUUAAAUUAGUCGGUCAGUGUCUUGCAAACUAUAGGAGGUAUGAAUGCACUUUGAAUUGAACUUCCCCAUACAGAGGUUUGAAAUGCAGGCAUGGUUUUAGAAUUCAUCCCAUAACUUUGUACAUCACAUCCAAAUCUACAAGAUAUUUCUCUUCGUAUCCGUUUGUAUCAUGGGGAAGAAGAAUUUUUGGUUUGAGAGGAAUUAUUUCCAAAGAGAUUUAUUGUGUUAGCUAGGUUUUGGUCACUAAAAUGAUAAUGAAUAGCUUGUCUGUAUUCCUACUGUGAGUAUCCAUUAUUUAUGUGUACCCCUGAUAUGUAAGGAGCCAAAGCAUUUUGUAUUUUUCUUAUACUUCAGUAUUUUAUAUCAAAUAAAUAUUGAAUUGCUUAUAUAUGGUCUCAUUUGUUACAGGGACAAUGUCCGUAAUUUAAUCAUCUGUAAAUUCUCAGUAAAAGUACAGACAUCAGCCUUUUCAGGCCAAAACCCUAUUUGGGUGAUCGGUUUCAAAAUCCAUCAUCCGACUCUGCAUCCCAACUGCACUUUUCCUGAUCGCUUUGGGAAAAUUCCACUUCUAUAUCAUAAACAAAAUCAGGAUCAUCCUUGAGUCUUCGGUUUUGCUCAAAUAGUUGAUCCAUUUGCCCUUUCUUGCGGGCCAGGGCAUCGUCAUUUAAUUUAUUAAGAUCUUCUUCAGGGUCCACCUGGAAUGAGGCAAGGCUGUGCUGCAAACUGUGGCCCUGCAUGUGAUCUCGUAGUACUGUGUGAAGCCUCUUCAACUGACUCAAUGGAACACCUCCCAAGUAUUCUUUGUGCCGAAAAUGGUUCUUCAGUCUUUCAGCAGCCAAGCAACAGUCUAGGAAGAAACGUCACGUUUAAAUGUACUCAAUAUUUACACUGAGAAAGAUUUGAUUGGUAAUACAUUUAUUGUCCUAAUAAUAGAUUAUUACAUCCUUCCGUUUCUAGAAUAUACAUUUGAAUGACUUGCCUAUCAUUAACCAUUUAAAGUCCCACCUACUACUUGAUUAAAGAAAUCGAAAUUGUGUCAUGGCGUCUAAUGGCAUAUUUAUUGUUUUACAAAUGAUAAUAGAAGGUGCAUGGAAUGACCUACCUGAGUAUUUAGAGAAGUUCCGCACAGGUAUUAUUCUUUUGCGCACUUGCUUUGUGUCUUUUUGUUUGUACAGUAAAAUAAUUGCGGGGGGACUGAACUGAACGCCGCAUCGUUUCGCCUCAUAGGACAUCUUCACAGCUUAACUUUAGUGGCGAUGUAAUCUUGUUUCCUUGGCUGCCUACUGUUUACCAGUAAGUAAUUAUUCAUAGAAAGUCACACACAUUUAUGUAAUUUUGUUAAGGACGGAACGGAAGUCUAAUCUAUAAUGUAAACAUGCAUUCGGACCUAAGAGCAAAAGAAACGAAGAGCAAGGUUGAGGGGUAUCAACCGAGAAACAUUACAUCCUAGAAAAGAAUGUGCUGAGGGCGAAGGCUGGCCCCGAUCACGGCAAUACUUUUGAACUACAAGUGGUUCGUG